CUCUGCUCGCAAGUGCCUUGAUAGGAGCAAGAAAAAUAUUCGUUUCCUCGUGUUCAUCACCAACGCGCCGUCGUGCUGCAUUCCAUUAUAUAUAUAUAUGUAGUUGACACUCCUCUGGCCUUCACACAGCAUCCACUAGCAGUUCCUCUCGCAAUGCCUGAAGACAUUCGGUUUGUCCUUGAAGCUCCCCAUGUGAACCGCACCCAGAAGAAACGGCCCCGCCUGGUCACAUCCUGCGACAAUUGCCGGCUCAAGAAGAUUAAAUGCAUUCAAAGUUCGCCCGAGUCUGUAUGCGAGGCCUGUGCUACAGCCAGCGUGUCGUGUCGUUUCCGAGACCGCGAACGCUACUACGCGGAGCGCAGCCGCAUCGCAGCCGCUCAGGCACUUGCUGCCAAGAAUGCCGCUGACAAGCCACGCAAGGGUUCUCCUCGCGCACCGGACACGACGAUCUCGCAGGGACAGUAUGUCGACUCGACGGCGGUUCAGGCAGGCGUGACACGUUCUCCGCUUAGACGAGCCAUCCCCUACCACCCCUACCGCGUCUCUUCCAUGCCGCUCGAGCCUUGCUUCCGCAGUAGUCCAGAAUCCGAUGUGUCCACGCCCCCACCAUUGGGCCCCUUGUUCGAUCCCAACGACCUUACGCGCCCACACUCGGAGAUCAUGAUGACCUUCAUCCAGGUCUUCUUCGACAACAGGAAUACAGAUUUUCCUUUCCUCGCAUAUGACGAGACCAUCCGGCAGUUCUUCACUCGUGGUCUCACCGCGCUGCUCGCCAACUGCAUUGCCGCCCACGCCGUGCACUACGCGGACAUGCCAGAGGUGACCAAACGCGGGAUCAUGCAUGUCUCCGAUCUGUACUGCGACCGUGCAAAGGGGCUGCUCGCCUCGGAACUGGAGGCUCCCACCCUCGAUACCCUCCAUGCGUUGAUCUUACUCGCAUGGGCGGAGUCAAAUCGCAACCGAUCGACCGAGUUCUGUGCUUACGGCCAGACGGCCACCGAGCUCGCUGCGAAGAUGGGUUUCUCCGACCAGGCGAUCGCGCAGAUGGCCACCGACGAGUACGAGCGCACCAUCCUCCAGGCGACCUGGUCCUGCGUCGCCAUCCUGGAUAACGCCGUCCGUCACGUCUCUCUUUUCUGAUGCAAUCCACAAACCAUGUAGCUGUCCCACCAAUUCUCGCCUGCGCUCUUUUGCCACAGUGCCAGUCAUUCCAUGUGUGCCCUGCAAUAUGUCCCGCCAGUCCCUAAUAUUUUUUUUUGCCUUGUACUCUAUACCCUACCUUGUAGCAGCCGCGCACCGGCCGUCUAUCGUAACCGUGUAUAUGCUAUUCGUGAUAUCGGGACGGGCGAGGCCAGCCACAGGAAGAGAGGGCCCUCACGCACUGUACGUGCGCGGCCCGUACGUCUCCACGCCUUCUUCUCGUCCGACACUCGCCCGGCCCAGCCGUCCGCCAAGCCGAGGAAAGUCCCCUCCCCCCCUGGGGCAGCCGAAACGGCGGGCGAGCAGGGUGCCGUCAUCGCCUGCGAGCACUGCUCGCUACGAACAGCGCGGCCGAAGCGCUUGACUCGUGUGUGUGUUUUGUCCUGAGCUCGCGAAUCAGCGGCGCUGUCCGUACCGGGGCGGGUGAGGCGAAACGGUCGGCGCGCGUCGAGAGAUGGGGGUACCGAGGCCUCGUCUACGAUGUCGCCAAGCGCAUAGUUGGGCCCCGGCGGUUGCUGCUGGCGAAGCGCAGUCAAGAGCGAG